UACUUGACAUCUAAUGAGGUUUUCUUCCUGCCCUUAGUGACAGAGUUUAAUACAGUCUGUUCUGGACGUGGGAAACUGGUUAAUGGCCUCUGUGCUUGCAACAGACUAAAUCUGGGCAACGUGUGUCAGUAUGAAGAUGAGUGCUGGUCUGAUGAAGAUUGUGGCUCUCAUGGUAAAUGUAUUGAUGUCAAAGCAACUACUUAUCCCAAGAUGCAGUGUUUCUGUCAGCCUGGUUGGUUUGGUGAAAAGUGUGCUAAAAAGUCUUCUGUGAAAACAACGUCCGUAGACCUCAGCCAGUAUACCAGUAAAGAUUUGUAUUAUAAACUAUUUACAUCUUCUGAUGUUCAGGAAACAAACGAAAUAGAAGCUGUUUUGCAAGCAGAAAGCACGAGUUACUUGGCUGUUGGUUGGAGACCACAAGGAAUAACAUCCAACUGCAAGGCAUUUCCAGUUGUUGAUAAUAGAAGAAGCAAUCAGCGAUCUCUUGAAACCGAUGUAAUUAAGAUACAGCAGGUUGGAGAUCACAAGCAUAGUGAAGAAGAUGUUAAAGGUAAAUUAAAGCAAAAUAUUGAAGGGGAGCCAGAGCCGACCGCCGAAGGGAAGCCAGAGCCGACCGCCGAGGGGAAGCCAGAGCCCAGUUCUGAAAGAACAUUAGAACCAAGAGCUUCAGAAACACCUGAACCACUUGCUGAGAGAACAACUGAAGCUACACCUGAAUCUGACUUUGAAGAUAUAACAAAUAACCAUGAUGAAAACAUUAUUUAUCUCGCGUCUAGCUCUGCACCUGUGACAGAAGACAGUAAGACUGCUGUUGUUGGGGUUCCAUUGGGUGUUGGGCCAAGUGAUGGUUUGGAGAGAAAACUCUUUGUUUUCAAUAAUCGUUUUCCACGACAAGCUGUAUUGCUCUUUCCAUCAGCUUCGGGAAAUAACUCGGAGCCUCGUGCUGAACCUAAAACUGAAGCAGGUAUACAACAUGAUGAUCAUGCUCAUUCAGAACCUGAGCCAGGUACCCUUGGAGAACCUGAACCAAUUAAUUCUCAAGAUCAAACAUCUACUACUGAUGCCGAUUCCAAAAGCAAAUCUUUACAUUCAUAUCCAUCCCCCACAAGCUAUACGCCAAAAUUUGAGUUGCAUCCAAUGGACUGUUCAGAUAUAGUAAUUGGUACAGUAAGGGGAAAUCUGAGCCGUGUGUUUGACUACUAUACUCGUGAUCGAUCUACGCCACGGGUAGACAGUUAUUAUGGGGGUAGUGACACACUUACAGCAGCAGUGGGAUUUGAAAAAGAUGGGAAAACAACAAUACUGUUUAGGAAAAAAAUUGAAGCUGAAGAGCUCACUGACCACACCAUUGAAAAUGCUGAAAUGGACAUCAUCUGGGCACUUGGCCAAGAGCCUGGAAACUACAUUCAUCGGCCAGCUACAGGUCUAGAAGCUGGUAAUGCGAAGGUCAAGGAUUUCUAUAGAUCUGAUGAAGUAAAGUAUCAUGGCCAUGGCCAACAGCGAGGGAAAACUACUUUGAAUUUCUAUGAAGAGAGAAAAGUAAAAAAUGAGGUUGACGAGCCGGUUGAGAAAAGAAUCGAAGGUUGCGCCGGUGAAUGGAAACAUCCGAGAGACUGUGAGGAUGACAGCUGUGAGUACAUUGCUAGAUGGUACUUCCAUGAAUCAAAAGAUGAAAUAUACUUCUGGAUCAGCAGUAGUCAUCCUGAUAAGUGGACAGGUAUUGGCUUCUCUAAAGAUAAAGAUAUGGCCAACUCGGAUGCCAUUAUUGGUUGGAUGAGUAGCAACGGCAAGGUCUCCAUAUUUGACUCAUGGCUAACAGGUUAUAGUCAUCCUGAAUAUGACUUAAAACAGAGUGCCUACAACGCUACUGGUAAAAUACAGAAUGGGAUGGUGACUCUCCAGUUUAUUAGAAAACGAAACACUGGAGAUACUGACCAGGAUGUCCUUUUCUCUGAUCAAGAGUGUCUUUAUUUUAUGUUUCCUGUCAGAGGAGGCCAGUAUGACAAUGCUUUUAAACAAAUAUCUGUCCAUGAGGUUUCACCCUCUGUCUCACUUGUGUGUAUUCAGAGUUGUCCAGUACCAGUUUUAAAUCAAAACGAGGAGGCAAAAACAGAACCUGAACCAAGCAGCGAACCUGAACCUAACAGUAAGCCUGAUGAGAGUUCUAAACCUGAACCUAACAGUAAGCCCGAUGAGAGUUCUAAACCUGAACCUAACAGUAAGCCCGAUGAGAGUUCUAAACCUGAACCUAAAAGUAAGCCAAAAGAAGAAGACAUGGUUCAAUGUAUGGGUGAGUGGAAGUCUCCAACAGACUGUAAGGGUUACGGAUGUGACUACAGGGCAGUGUGGAAAUACGUCGACAAGUCUGAUGAGAUAACCUUUACUAUUAGUACAAAGAAUCACAACAAGUGGACUGGAAUUGCCUUCUCAAAAGAUAAAAAAAUGGAAGCAACUGAUGCUAUUUUAGGCUGGGUGGAGGAGAACGGAAGAUUUUUUAUAAUGGACACGUGGUUAGCAGAUUACAAACAACCAUCCCUGGAUCCCAGUCAGAGCAUCAGCAAUAUGAGUGGUUGGCGAGAAGAUGGAAUAACUACUCUAAAGUUUAGUAGAAAGCGAUAUACAGGAGACUUGGAGCGAGAUCUUCAUUUUACGGACAGCGAGUGUUUGUACAUGUUCUUUCCCGUUCAUGGUGGUGUUUUCAAUGCUGUAAACAAGAAGAUUCGACAACAUGAGUCAACUCCCAAGAUCUCUGAAAAUAAAAUCUGUAUCAAGAGUUGCACACAAAAACAUGAUGAGGUAAUUCUUGCUGUUACAACUCCUACAUCUACUCCAGCUCCAAAGCUGACAUCUAAGCUGCCCAAGAUUAGAAGGCCUGUACUUCGUUUUCCCACUUUUCGAACUCCCAGCACUCCUUUGCAGAAAACUACCACUUCAACCACCAGUACUACACCAUCUCCACCACCACCACCACCACCAACAACAACAACCUUAAUAACAACAAGUCACUCCCGUAUUAGUCCACCAGUAACGUUGAUGACAACAUUACCCGCUCCACAGAAAAUGGAAUACAAAGUAGAAGUUAAACUUCCACAACAGUGGAAUUUAAACCUGAAGAAAAGGGACUCGGCAGAAUACCGUAAUUUGCAGAAGCAGAUAUUGGAAGAUAUGAGUGUUGUUUUAACUUCAGUUGAUGGAUUUGAAGGGGUAGAAGUUACAGAACUUGCCAGUGCACAAGAUGAUGAUGGUAUUAUUGCCCAAAUGAAUGUCAUCAUUGUGGAUAAACUUCUACAAAAGGAGGAUUGGCGAGUUGAAGAUCACCACCACCACCAUAUGGAAGAAUUAUCAAAGAAACUGAAUGAAACAGUAAAAGGAGGAUAUAUUGGUACACUCCAAGUUGAUCCAGCCUACCUUAUUAUCCAGCCUGCUACAAGAGUUCAGCAAUCCAGUCCUAAUGAAAAUAUCGUUGAGCAAGGAUCUAAAGAUUCAGAUCUUCCAGAAAAAGGUGACAGUGAGGUUUACAUCAUCAUAGGAGGGAUAGCAGCUCUUAUUCUUCUUAUCGUUAUUCAAGCCAGCUGUAUGAUCUACAGGGACAGAAGAAAUCGACAGCACUCCCAUGCGAAGGAACAAUUGAUCAAUUCUCACUGGAAGGACUACGCAACAGCCAGCAGUACUUAUAGCUACGAGAACUUUGCAAUGAGAGAAGAUGACGGUAAGGUAAGCAAGCACCCUGUAGGAUCCGUGUCCAAUGGUAGUGCUGUUUCCCGAAAGAGUGCGACGUCUCAUCCUAGUGCCAACGGAAAAAGUAACGGUCGUUCUGGACAUUCUCGUCCUCUCCCACCAGCUGGACACAGUCGCACUCUAGAACGUAUUUCUUCUCGUCACAGUGAUGGUUUCUCUAACAUGUCUGGAUAUUCCAGUGCAUACGCCACUCAUGACAGAUCUCUCCGAUCUGCUUCUAGUACCUUGAGGGCUCAACAAGAGCUUCAACCAGACUUUUACUUCAUGCCACAUCAGCGGCGCUACUCGGGAGAAGUUGUACGGGUGUAUGUGGACUAUAAUAAUCCCGAGUACAGUGGGAAAUGAAAAAUAUGCAUGUCUCUAACUUCAUCUAUCUUUUAUCUCAUUUACCCUAUAAUAAAUGGGCAGUGUUAUACGAACAAAAGCAAGAUUGUAAUUUGGCAAACUAUAUUUUAUGGAUUUAAUCAAGUGUGUAACUAUCACAGUGAUUUGUUCGUGUCACUUGUAUUUCUUCCAACUGACCACCUAGAGGGAUUGUUCCACUAACAUAGUUGUACAUAAUCAUGAUUUUAUAAAAUAAUAAACUACAAGGUUGUGCCAGUCCAUAAAAAAGACAUUUUGUAAAUUUCUCUAAGCAAGUGUGCGAAUUAUUUAGCCCUUGUUUCUUUUCUUAUACUGACCACUCAGGGUGUGAUCUUGAAUUAUUUUUUAUGUAGUGUUUUAAACUAGAAGUAAUGAAAACUUGGGAAUACCAAGUUAUGUCACGUAAAACAAACUUCGGUUUCUUGAUAACGUUGUGAGUACGACAGAAUUAAUUUGUUUUCCAAAAUAUAAUAAAAAAAAGAAUUUUACUCGGAUUGUUCAGAUAUAUUUUUUUCCUAAAGUCUGAUAAAUAUUUGUCACAAAACACUUCUUUUUAUUAAACUCUACAGACCAAAUUUAGCCUGCUAACACAAAAUAAACCUUUCUUCUUCUUGUUGAAAAUAGUUGUAGUAGUGUUACAAAUCUUUUAUGACCAAUAUAUGAUCCUGUUUGUGUAAAUCAUCCAACUCGUAUAAAACAAGGAUGACACGUUAGUGUAUAAUUCUAUACUUUUAAUCAAUAGGUAUUUAAAUUUAAGUUGUACUUUAGAAUGUAUAUCGUGCUAACCUUUGAGCUUUAAGUGUAUGUAUAGAUUAACAGGUUCAGUGCUUUUAUUUAUUUUUCUCAUUUCACUAGAUUCUUGUGAAUAAGACUGAAGGUUACGAGUACAAAGCCAGUGACUUGUGUUAUGAGGUUCAUUUAAUCAUUAUUUUUUUGUGACGAAAUUAAAAAAAUAAUGAUUAAAUGAAACACAUUACAUGAGUCGCAGGCAUGAACUUCUAUGGAACUACAGAUGACGAAAAAUUUUGUUUACAUUGUUGGAGAAGUAACAGAUUAAACAAUGAAUAAGCCUACACGUAACGUACGUGGUCUCGAUAUUCGGGCUUAACGGUAAGUGUACAUGAAGUUAAAUAUUAAUUUUGUCGAGGUUUAAAGUCCAAGGAAGAAAACUGAAGCUGAAUAACACUCAUUAACGACCAAGAUGAUAACUGGUAUGUUUAAUAUCUUACAUAAAUGUAAGGAGGGAUCAUUAAAGACCAAGAUGAUGUAAAUGUAAGGAGGGAUGCAGAUGUUUAAUGUUGAAUCUUAGUUGAGCUAACUUACCACUAAUGAGAAUAUUAUAAUAAACGAAGGUGUGUGAAGACAUUGAAUUUAUUGCUCAAUGAUAGUUUGAAAAGCUAUCAAUUGGAACGUGUCUUUAUGUGAAAUAAAAGUUUUA